CAGAGUUCGGCCUCAGCGCCGCGCCCUCGCUCGUGGACCCGUCCGACGACUCGGCGUUCCCCGGCGUGCUGGCGGCGGCGGAGGAUCUGCGCGGCUGGGACUGGACGUUCGGGAAGACGCCGAAGUUCAGCGUUCAGACGAGUCUGCCUGGGGGGGGUCACCUGAGCCUGCAGGUGGUCAGCGGACGGAUGGAAGACGUGGAGCUGAGCCUCCUGGAGGACUGGAUCCCAGAGAGGCUGAUCGGAGCGAUGAGAGAUGCGCUCAGCGGGGAGAAGUUCUGCAGAAAGCAUGCGGCCGCAGCGCUGAAUGCACGCCUGCUGCAGGGGGGGGGGGUGCAGCACAGAGUGAAGGUCCUCUGUGACGACAUCAUCAACGCAUUGGGAUGAAACACGAGAACUGAUCAUGGUGCAGGAAAUACAUUUUCAAUAAAUCUUAUUUUUUAUUUAUCAAAGUCAA